CCAGGAUGCCGAGCGCGGUGUGGAGCAGCCUGCCCGUGGUGCUGGGGCUCCUGCUCUGGCACCCUGCCGGCGCCAGCGGCCCGUGCUGGGAGAGCAGCAAAUGCCAGGACCUCAGCAGCGAGGCCAGAAUUUUGGCGUGUGCCGUGGCGUGCAGAGCCGACCUGUCGGCCGAGGCACCCGUCUACCCGGGGAACGGGCACCUCCAGCCCCUCUCCGAGAGCAUCCGCAAGUACGUCAUGAGCCAUUUUCGCUGGAACAAGUUCGGCCGGAGGAACAGCAGCAGCGGCGGCGGGGGGCACAAACGGGAGGAGACGGCGGGGGGCAACCCACCGCCGGCAUCGCCACCCGCCGCCCCGCCGUCCCGCCGCGAGGAAGAGGAGGGAACGGGGCUGGAGCGGGAGGAAGGCAAACGCUCCUACUCCAUGGAGCACUUUCGCUGGGGAAAGCCGGUGGGACGCAAGAGGAGACCCAUCAAGGUCUACCCCAAUGGGGUGGAGGAAGAGUCGGCCGAGAGCUACCCCUUGGAGUUCAGGCGGGAGCUGGCGCUCGGCGGCACCGGGGCACCGUCCGAGGAGGAAGAGGAGGAGGAGGAAGGCCAGGAGGAGGAGAAGGCAGCCGGCGGCUCCUACCGCGCGCGCCGUUUCGGCUGGCACGCGCCCUUGAAGGACAAGCGCUACGGGGGCUUCAUGACCUCGGAGCACAACCAGACCCCUCUAGUGACUCUCUUCAAAAAUGCCAUCAUCAAAAGCGCCUACAAGAAGGGGCAGUGA